UGUUACAGAUUCACAUUACUGAACGUGUCUCAACCCGUACCGCGCUUUUAUCUGCCUAAAGGUAUCUUCACGCACGACUGGAUAGGCCUUUUGGAUACGCUUGUCCAAGGCCCAAGACAUAAAGUCUCCUGAAAGCUGUGUAGCAAUCAUUCCAUUGCUGACCCAUAGGAUGGUAAUCACAUACAUGAUUGGCUUCAUCUAGAAUCAUGGAUACCUUUCAUACCUUCUCAUCACAAGUUGGAACUAGUGGUCAACAUUGGGACAAUGCAGCCAUAAAUAACAUGGACCAAUAUUUUCAUUGGGUGAGCAAGACCUGCCAGCAGAGCUCACUGGAGCAGGGAGACAUGCCGUCAUCCUUUUGGCGCCUGACAAAGCUUGAGAUUCAGAUCCUGCUGAACGAUGUUAAGCAUUCGAUUAACCACAUGCAGGGGACGCUGAACACCGUGCAGGGGCAGUGUAUUGAGUUGCAGACUGCCAUGUCUAAGGUAGUGUCAGAUGAGUCUCAGAUACAGAAGAAUAAGUCUAUGAUGGUAUGGUGAUAAUGAUUGAGAUGGUCAUUAUAAUAAUGAUGACUAGCGGUACCCCACCCUAAGGGCGGUAAAUCAUUGGAUCUGAUUAAUUUACACUAAUAAUAAGCUAUUGUCAACUUCCCGUCUAUGCUUAUCUUGCUCAUUGCUCACUGUCAAUUGCUGACUGUUAUCCUAUGUGUUUAACUAUUAUUGAUUUCUCACAGAAAAAUAAUUUGAUUGCAAAUGUACCUGGGGCCAUGUAAAUAAUUGUUAGGCUACUCAUCUUGAAUCCACCGGUGGCAACUUGUGUGACCAUAAAAGUCUGUGUGCGACUGGGCACAGUAAAAUAAUUUGGUUACUGACCUGCCCUACAUCAUAGAAGGCCCUUCAAGUCAGAACUAGGAAAUUCUGUCAGUGAGCAUUAUGGGUAAUUAUCCUACAUACUUACAUCAAAUACUUUAUGAUAGCAUCAUCUCCUGUAGUAACAGUGCCAUUCCAAACACAAUAAAUGUGAGAAUGAACAAAGAUACAAAAUAUUGCUAAAGUGAAGAAAAUCAGCUCAAAAUUGUAGGAGGAAAUGCCCCUGCAGCAGGGAGGCUUACGGUAUUAUAAUAUAUUGUAGAUAACAUUAAUAUAAUUUGUGUAUUUACAGUAUCAUUACACAUACAAAUGAAAGUAUAUGCUAGGGAUUGAUCUACACUGAGUGAACAACACAUUAAGAACACCUUCCUAUUGAGUUUCCCCCCCUUGGUGGUGGACCAUUGUUGAUACUCAGGGAAAAGUGUGGAGUGUGAAAAUCCCAACAGCAUGGCAGUUCUUGACACAAAAUUCUACCAUACUCUGUUC